AUGUCGACACUGUCACAGUCACCAACAGCAACGACGUCCAAAGCAGAUCUCGAAUUGCGAAAGAUAAUUGAUGCUGGUGUAUUACGAUUCAACAAUUCAGCAAAAGAUGGUAUAAAAUACUUGGUAUCAGCUGGGGUUCUAGACGACGACCCUGCGGAAAUCGCGGAGUUCCUGGCUAAGCAAGAAAAUCUGGAUAAGCACGUCAUAGGAGAAUAUUUGGGGAAAGAUAAUGAAUUCAAUAUAGCGGUCCUCAAUCGCUUCGCCCAACUGUUCGACUACCGAGAUCUGCCAGCGGAUGAGGCUCUCCGGUUGUUCAUGUGCAGAUUUGCCAUGCCUGGAGAGGCCCAACAGGUCUAUCGUAUACUGGAACGUUUCUCUACCUACUAUGCUGCUACUUGCUCUUCCCUCAAUCGAGACCAAGUUCAUAUCCUGGCUUAUGCUCUCAUUAUGCUCAACGUGGACGCCCAUAACCCUCUAGUUACGGACAAAAUGACUAGAGACCAAUUUAUCAACAAUACCAUGCCCGAAGUCAGCCCAGGGUGUACGGCUGAGGAGCUUGGGCAAAUGUAUGAUAGAAUAGUAGCUAAGGAAUUCCGACCAGACACUACUCCACAGGAACUAAUGUAUGUGCGGUUGGCUAAGAAUCCUCAGUACUCAGCUGAUGAGAAAAAUGUAGCAGCAUCAGCAGAAGAUAUUCAUCGAAUGAAAAAGGGCGACAACUUCUUGAAAUUUGGCAGGAGAGGACGACCCCAUCCACGACGCGUCUUCUUAUCAGAGGAUGAGAGUAGAAUAUGUUGGAUGGAGCCUACGGAGUCUCGUGGUGGUCGGCUAGGCUCGUUGCUCAACCAUGAUGCUGCCGUGCCACGCGGCAGGGCAGUUGUUACCGGUGGUCGGCCCGCUACGGCCCCGCCUGCUUCUGAGGUUAGCAACGGUGGUACCGGGGGCCGCAGUCCGGAUGCUACUAGCGAACUGAUGGUAUCUGGCAAGGCUAUGCCAAUAGCAGGCGCUGGCGAUCUAGCUACUACUGGAGUUUCGGCAACCCACAGUCUGCGCAACAUACGGCUGGAUGAAGUGACGGGACUAUGUGUGGGCACGUCGGGGUCUAGUGUGUUUCGGAAACAGUGGGUGCCCGAGACGGCACCGCCUGGUGUAGACAUGCGUAUGUGGUUGAGGUUUUUCCAUUAUGUGUUAUCGGAGAGAGAAGCUAAGAUACGGGCUAGCGCUGACCCUGUUAAGGAGGCCCUAGAGAUGCAGCGUGCAGGGGCUAAGCGUUUGAGAAGAUGGAAGGAGGAGAUCCUACCUAACUGGGCGAAGCAUUGGACUACUGGUGCCCAGGCUGGGUCCGGAACUCAGAGUAGAAACCCCGAGGGGUUCCGUAGUAGAGGCCUGCGUAUGUUGGAAAACGCUACGCAUAGGAUAAUAGUCAGCGAUCGGCAGCCCAAUGAGGCUCUCACAUUCCAAAUGUUUUAUUCUGGAGGAUUCGCCCUCGACAGGGGCCAGAGACUGGAAACGGCAAGGACGCCAACACUGGUGAAUCUAUGGCUUGAAGGGAAAGUUGUGCAGUGGUUGCAUACCUUUGCGACACGAGAGCAGCUCGAAGGCUUUCUGGAUGUUGCUACAGAGAACGGCUAUAGACGGAUGAGGGCCCAUGAGAGCGGACCAUCAACAGUCCAUCCACAGACAGACGCGGCGACUUCUGUUGGAUCACAUUCUAGAUUUGGGGACUCGACUGUGAUCUGUGAAAGAUGCCGAAAGCUGGCCAUAAGUAAAAAGUUGAGUACAAAGAGAACAUGGAGUGAGCCGUGGGAGAAUGCAUGGAUAGGUGGAGGGAGAGCGGACACGUCUGGAGAGGAUGCGAUGAUACGGAAAGGGCUGCUGAUAUUAUUGUCGGAUCUCAUCAAGGCGUUCAUUGUGUAUAGAUCGGAUGUUGGCUACGUUCCUGGCAUGAUAUCGCUGUGCGCCACCGUGUUGGUCAAUGUCGGACCUCAUCCAGUCGGACAAGUUUUCUGUACUCUGGCAAAUUUAAUGCAUCAAUAUUACUUCCUCGACGUAUACAUGGUGAAGCGAAGGAAUAUGAAAAUGCGAUUUGAUUUUCUUGAAGUUCUACUGCGGGAGAGGGCGCCUUUCCUCGAGAAGCAUUUUUCGAUAUUGCAGCUAACCCCAGAGGUGUACUUCCUUCCCUGGCUAACCAGUGUCUUCACCCGAUGUAUGCCGUUUCAUGCGGUCUGUCGUAUGUGGGAUGGGUUCUUGCUCCUUGGUGAGGCUCAUGUGUUCACUUGUGCAUUAGCACUACUAUGGUAUCAUGAGCAUGCUCUGAUGACUUCCGGAUUCGGAGGCUGUUUGGAGAUUCUUACCUCGCCACCAGAUGAGCGCUUAUUCGAUGAGAAUAAGUUCUUUGAUUACUAUAUGAAACUACCGGAGACAGUGGUCCCCAACGAGCGUCUAGGAGCAUGGAUGGCGGCCCAACGGUUGGGUGAAGAGAAGACCUCCUUGUUUGAGCUAUUGUUCUCCUAAGUAGCGACGCGGCGCCUGAGUAGUCUCAUAAGCUCCUCUCUGCUGAGCCUGGGGACGAAUACUAUUGAGGAUCGGGUCUUUCCGGAGACUACCUUUUCAUUGUCACCAUUCUACAUAUUAUCAUUGCAUAAUUGCAAGUAGUCAUCAU